ACAAUGCACGAAUUUACCGUGUUGAAAAUCGAACCGGAGUAUUAAAAAAAAUUAGAUAUCAGACGUAUAAUAAUAAAAUCUUAAAUGUAAUAUGAAAUCCAAAAUAUAGUAACCUUCAAUCAUAUGAAGAAGAACCAUGCAACGGCGGCGAGAGCAGUCCCGGAGACAGAGAUCUCGAGCAAUGAGGCUCUUCCCGUCGGAGGUGAAGCUUCAGGACCGUCGCUGGCGUUUCCUUCGUCGGCGGCCGGCGAGGGAGUCGUGUCUGGAGUCGGAGCUGGCGGAGACGAGGCGGAGGGCGACUCGGAUGAGCUGGUGGGACCUUCUGAGUCAUCGCCGGAGCUUGAGUCGGGACUUGAAGCCGGAGUUUUGGCUGACGACGAUUUCGGAGGCUUUGCGGUGGCGCCUCCACCUGAUGAUGGAGAAGGGCUUGGUGUGGCGGUGGUGUUUUUCUUGGUGGUGGUCGGAGCAGAAGCCAUAGGCGGCGAGGUUGGGGCAGAGGCGGGUGAUUUUGGGGAUGCUGCGGCGGCGGGAGAAGGAGAUGAGUUUUUGUCGCCGUGUGAUUUCGGCGCGCCGGCUGGUGUUGGUGGAUCGGCGGCGAAUACGGUGGUUAUGGCCAAUGCGGCGACGGCGAGAGAUAGGAGCUUAAGGGUCAUCGUCAUUUUUUUGUGUGAAUGCGAGUCUUUUUUGUUGUAAUUAAUUAUUUAAUUAC